AUGAUAAAUCUGUUAGUUGGAGGGAUUUCUGUGCGAAUGCUUAUUGACUCUGGGGCAAGCACUAAUGUGAUUGAUAAGGGAACAUGGGAGGAGCUAAAAUCCCAGAAGAUUGAAUGCAAAUCCUAUAGGUGCAAAAAGAAGCUGUAUGGUUACGGGAGUAGUGUGCCUUUAAAAGUUAUCGGUUGUUUCGAAGCAAGAGUAGUCGUGGGUGACAAAGUUUGUGAGGCAGAGUUUGUAGUGAUUGAUGGGACAAAACAACCCCUGUUGGGGAGAGGUAGAGCAAUCAAGCUUGGAGUGCUUCAGAUAGGAAGUUCCAUAAACUCUGUAAGCAGUGACAUUGUAGAAGAAUUCAAAGAUUGUUUUAGAGGAGUAGGAAAGCUAAAAGGAUACCAGCUUAAGUUGCACAUAAAAGAGAAUGUGGCACCUGUGGUUCAGCCUCUGCGCAGACCACCAUUCAAUCUUAGAGACAAAAUCGAGAAGACAUCAGACGAACUGGAGAACAUGGACAUCAUUGAGAAAGUAAACAGUCCAUCUCAGUCGGUCAGCCCUGUAGUUGUAGUCGCAAAACCCAAUGGGGAAGUGAGACUUUGUGUAGACAUGAGACAAGCAAAUUGUGCGGUAGAACGUGAACGAUACCCCAUUCCAACCAUUGAUGAAGUACUUCAAGACAUGAACAAUAAAAAAGUGUUCAGCAAGCUGGACUUAAGAUGGGGGUACCAUCAAAUUGAAUUAUCUAAAGAAUCCCGUGAGAUUACCACAUUCCUCACACACAAAGGUCUGUGCCGAUAUAAAAGAUUGAUGUUUGGGAUAUCAGCAGCUCCGGACAAAUACCAGCAGGUUAUCCAGCAGACAUUGCAAGGUAUUGAAGGGGUACACAAUGUCUCAGAUGAUAUUAUAGUGCAUGGUGCAACACAUGACCAGCAUGAUGAACGUCUGCGAAAAGUGAUGAUGCCUGUACGUGAAUGUGGCCUUACCCUCAACUUAGAAAAGUGCCAAUUCUCCAUGAGUCAGAUGACAUUCAUGGGCCAUGUCCUGUCAAGUUGA